UGAGCGCAGGGUGUUGGGCCCCGGGCCGCCACCGCCACCUUGGCCGCUGCUUCUGCGCCCGGCUCUGCCGCCUGUGUCAUCUCCUGUCAUGGCCGAGGAGCUUUCCACGGCCACAUCUUACACCGAAGAUGAUUUCUACUGUCCCGUCUGUCAGGACGUGCUCAAAACGCCGGUGCGGACCUCGGCCUGUCAGCACGUUUUCUGUAGAAAAUGUUUCCUGACUGCAAUGAGAGAAAGUGGAAUACAUUGUCCCCUGUGUCGUGGAAAUGUGACUAGAAAAGAAAGAGCAUGUCCCGAACGGGCCUUAGACCUUGAAAAUAUCAUGAGGAAGUUUUCUGGUAGCUGCAGAUGCUGUGCAAAACAGAUUAAAUUCUAUCGCAUGAGACAUCAUUACAAAUCUUGCAAGAAGUAUCAAGAUGAAUAUGGUGUUUCUUCAAUCAUUCCAAACUUACAGAUUUCCCAAGAUUCAGGAGGGAACAGUAAUAGGAGUGAAACAUCUACAUCAGAUACCACAGAAAUUUACCAAGAGAAUACAAGUUCUUCUGGACAUCCUACCUUUAAGUGUCCCUUGUGUCAAGAAUCAAAUCUUACCAGACAGCGUUUAUUGGAUCACUGCAACAGUAAUCACCUGUUUCAGAUAGUUCCUGUGACAUGUCCUAUUUGUGUGUCUCUUCCUUGGGGAGAUCCUACCCAGAUUACUAGAAAUUUCGUCAGUCAUCUAAAUCAAAGACAUCAGUUUGAUUAUGGAGAAUUUGUGAAUCUUCAGCUAGAUGAGGAGACUCAGUACCAAACUGCUGUUGAAGAAUCUUUUCAAGUAAAUAUCUGAUGACUCUAGAAAUCUGCAUCUGUGUACCUGCAAGUGCCAUCUUUACAAGAAAGGACAUGAAGUCACCAUGUUCAAUUACUCGAUGUGUAUAUUAAUAAAAGUAAUCCAAUCUA